AUGAAUAUAAAAUAUCUAUUGUCAUUGACAAUAUCUCUAUUUAUUUUGGUUGUUUCUGGACAACAAUGUUUUGAUCAAAGCUCUGUAACAUACACUACAAGUGGUACCCAAUUGCAAAUGAAUGGACAAACAAUUAGAGUUCAAGGUAUUGCUUGGUUUGGUUUGGAAACACUGACUUUUUCACCGGGUGGUCUACAAACCAAGAGUGUGGAGCAACUUCUCGAUGUCCUAGUUGCCCAGAAAUUCAAUGUACUCCGUCUGCCAUUCUCUGUCGAUAUGAUCUUGAAGCCACGUAUGCCAAAUCAAAUCAACUAUGGUCUGAAUCCAAAUUUGGCUGGUCUUAAUGCUUUCCAGGUGUUUGAAUACAUCACCAAGGCAUGUGCCACUCGUGGUAUCUUGGUUGUCGCCGAAAUGCAUCGUUUCGAUCCAAACGACUACAUUCCAGGACUCUGGUACUCCACCCAGUGUAUCUACAACAUCGAUGGACAGUGCAUUAAUUACACCACCGACGUUGUUACCAACGCUUGGAUCACCGUUGUAAACACUCUCCAGAAAUACUGGAACUUCUGGGCGGUCGACGUCAAGAAUGAACCACACGGUACCGCCACAUGGGGAACUGGAAAUACCGCCACCGACUGGGAUGCCGCUUUCAAGAACAUCGCCAACACCAUUCAAUCAAAGACCGGAUUUAAAGGUGUCUACUUCAUCGAGGGUAUCGAAAACAAUGCUGGCUCAAUCUGUUCGCCAGCCACUGGUAACUGGUGGGGUGGUAACUUGUCGCCACAACAAUGUUUCCCAGUCUUCCUCGCCACACCAAACAAGCUGGUAUUCACUCCACACACCUAUUGUUCAUCUGUCUCUGACCAACCAUAUUUCAACGAUCCAAGCUAUCCUUCCAACAUGCCAAGCGUCUGGGAUGCAUCAUUCGGUUUCCUCAAGUCAAGUCAACCUGUUGUCAUUGGUGAAUGGGGAUGCAAGAACAACAACACCAAGAACAGCAAAUGGAUUAGCUCUUUCGUUUCCUACCUAAAGUCAACCGGAAUGACCAAUCACAUCUACUUCUCACUCAACCCAGAUUCAGCCGACACUGACUCUAUUCUCAACCCAGAUUGGACAACCAUCAACCAAAAUGUUGCUGGUUAUCUCAAUGAUAUUGGAACCAAUCCAUCUAUCUUCUCGCUAUCUGGAAACAAAGUUUGUUUGGGUCCAAUUUCUACUACAUCCACUGUUAGCUCUACUACCAUUGGCGGAUCAACAACUACUACAACGGGAAGUGGUACAACCACGACAUCUACAACUUCUAAACCAACUACUACAACUUCACAAUCAACUACAACCACUGGUGGAGGAUCAACAACUACCACUUCGACAUCUACAACUUCUAAGCCAACUACUACUACUACAACAACUUCGCAAUCAACCACAACAGGAGGAUCAUCUACUACUACUACUACUACUUCUACCACUGGUGGUGGAUCGUCAACUACCACUACAGCAGGUGCUACCACAACAGGAGGAUCGACAACAGGUCACACUUCAACUAUUACCAUUCAACAGAUAUUGUCAAGCUCAUGGACUGACAGUAACAACAAACCAUGGAGUGUAUACAAUUGCUUUAUCACAAACACUGGUUCCUCUGCUAUUCAAAAUGUUAAAUUCUCAUCCGUACCAAAUGUUGCACCAGAUCAAAGCUGGGGUGCCUACACUCCUGCCAAUGUCAACGGUAAUUGGAUUUGGUCAGCUCAGUCAUGGGCAUUAACAUUGCAACCAAAUCAACCAACUAACUUUGGUUAUCAAGUACAAUCGGCCACUCCAUUUACUUUUACAAUUGUUCAAUGA